AUCAAUUUCCUUAAUCUGAAAGCUGCAUUAAACACUGUAAGCAUAUCAGGAUGGAAUAACCAAAAUGUGGCACUUCAACUAUUACAACAUUAGUGUACCAUUAGCACCAAGCUCCAACAUAUUGCCAAACUAAGGGCUAUCUCAAAAACUCUUCAGUACAUUGUGAAAGAUGUACCAUUACAUGGACUUAAUUUGAAAAUGAGAUGUGGAGAGUUCUCAGUCACACAGCAGACAGUAGAGGUGCUUUCUCCUGACGUUACGGAGGGGAAUGACGUCAGACAGGAAGCAGUGGAAAGGGAACUUGACAAAUCAAGAUGGCCGCCCACGGCCAAGCCGGAGAGAGACUUCAAAAUAAAUAAAAGUUGUUGUGUGAACAGUCGUACUUGAGUGCCAUUUUGACACGACGUCACCUGGAUUUUGGUAAACAACGACAUAGCAGAUCCAGAGGUGCGUUCCAACUGUAGAUUGUCCAAUAGGAACCUGGUUGCUGUUACAUGCAAUCUGUUUUUAGAGUCUCUAAAUGGCUGCGGGGAAGUCUGGAUCAGAUGCAUACAACAAUGGACCCAUAAGCUACCUUGAAGAUGUUCCCUUCAAGAUUAAUGAAAAAUUCUGCUGCCCAGCCAAAGUGGGGCUUCCUGUUGGUUUCUGCCUGCCUGACUGUCGCUCUUUGUUGAUAAACACAGAGUAUGACUUUUCUCUGGAGAGGAGAAGUGUACAAUGGGGACUUGAACUGGCCAAUGCUGAAAAAAAAGCGGCCAUGCUGGAGGCAGAGGCUCGGGACUGUUCGGAUCAGGCUCAGGACAAUGAUGGGGGUGGAGAAAACACAACCAUGCCUGCUACAGACAACCAGGAUCCUCCACCACCAGCAUUAAACCCCGUCCUGGUGGGGCUGAGCCAUAAUGCCAUUCUCACUCCACUGCCAGCCCCAAGCUUAGGUCCUAGAAAAACCCAGCCGAGUACUACUCAUUUACACAACCUCAACUUAGCUGACUUUGAGCGGGAAGAGGACCCCUUUGACAAGCUGGAGCUGAAAACAUUGGAUGAUAAAGAGGAGCUUAGGAACAUUCUUCAGAGCCAACCUCAACCUCAGCCUCCAUCAUCGGUAUCAGAGUCAGGGUCUCGUGCAAAUAGCCCAUCACCACCCAGCGCCAUCACCAGCCACCAAUCCAAAACAGGCUUUUCCCACAAACCUAAUGGCUUGGUUGACUUAUUAAACAUGGACAGGGUAGGGCAUCCUGGGAGAGCGGGAUUGGAAGUAGAUGACCGACCCUGUAACAUCCGCUCUCUAACUUUUCCCAAGCUGUCUGAUUCCGGUGAUCCAGAGCCUCUGAGAUACAGUAAACUACCCGUACCUAUCCCUGCUUUCAGUGAGAACCUGUCUAAUGGGGGUCCACCAACCAUACCCAAGACUCAUGUUAUCAUUGCUUCUGAAUCACAGAGCCUCAUCAGGAGUGACACACAGAAACCAGCUAACACAGGGCUAGGUUCUUCUAGUUUGCCGUGUGGUGGUGCCCUGCUCAGCAUGACUCCCAAUGAACGUCAGUGUGUCGAAACCCUUGUAGGUAUGGGUUAUUCCUACGAGGAUGUCUUACGUGCUAUGCAGAGACAAGGGCAGAACAUAGAGCAGGUUCUGGAUUAUCUUAUUUUAUCUGGACGUCUCUGUGAUCGAGGCUUUGAUGCAAGUGCUGUGGAGGAGUGUUUAGAGAUGUACCAGUGUUCUGAGGAAAAGGCGUUGCAGUUUCUUGAACUUAUGACCAGAUUUGGUGAAAUGGGAUUUGAGCGGGAUGCCAUCAAAGAAGUGUUGCUGGUCCACAACAAUGAUCAGGAAAAAGCUCUUGAGGACCUGAUGACCCGUGCUGCAGCAAGUUGAGCCAAGCCAACCAUAGUCCACAUCAGUGCUUUCCUUACCACAACCAUCCAGGAGCCCUUUUUCCGUCUUAAUACUCUAUCAAAACACACCUUGACUUUGCCCAGGCCCUGGAAGAGGCACACUGGAAUAAAGUUGCAUAUCUCUGCUAAAACGUUUUGUGUAUCAACACUUCCUAAAGACUUUGUGCCUCAACUGAAAGGAGUCCCUCCUGAAGUCUCUUUUCUUCUCCCAGGGUUAGGCUCCGGGAUUUUGUAUUGCUUAGUUACUCAAAGAAGUGGUAGAGUGAAGUGCUUCAAGUGUGGAGUGGCAUUUAAAUGCUGCUCUGGUUUGCUUUUGGUUGGGAUUGUGUAUUUGACUGUUGAUAACAGAUUUAGGUCCAGAGGCUGGUGGCAAUGGACAGGUUACAGUAAGACCAGUUAAAACUAUUGGAAUUCCCCAAUAAUAAGCUUGUUGGAACCGAAGAAUGUUGACGGGAGAGUGGGUCUUAAGGAGGCUGUCUUCAUACAUAACAACCAACAUAAAAAAGCUUCAGUGACCUGCUACGGUGAUCUUCUUUUUUUAAAAUGGGUUCUUCUGUUUAAUUGUGUCUUUUUUGUUUCUUUGAGCACUUUUUCAUGUGUAAAAUACAAUUGCUUUGAUUUCUGUCUUUGGAACUACAUAUUAGAUCCUUCCUCCUGGGCCACCCUGGAUGCACAUGCAUCAUGUAAUGGGUAAGUUGCAGUCUCUUAUCCUUCUGUUCAAAAUGUUUGGAGUUUAAUAAUAAUAAUAAUAAUAUAUUCCUGAAUACUCUAAAGCCAAAUGCCAAUUCUUAUUGUUAUCCUUAAGCUUCAUCUGUAGGAAAAAGUUACAAAGAUAGUGGCAGAACUACCCACUUCCCUGAAGGAGCAUGACAUCUCAUCAGUAUUCUACAAUGUGCAUUUUCUUAAAAAAGGCUCAAGUUGGCUGUUUUAUCCGUGGCUCCCAAAUUCAUGUUUGCGCCCCUCAAGAGUCAGAUAAACACUGACUCUUGAGGGGCAACUUUACAUGUGGCUUUAAAUUGUUGCACACAGGCCCAGAAUCAUUUGAAACAACACAACACAACCAAAUGUUGACUGUGAUACUGUUCUAAGUCUGAAAUAAAUUCACCUUUGGCAUUUCUGUUCAUCAGUGGUUGUCACAUUGUUUUUACACAGUUUAUUAGAACACUUACAAUAAAUUCCCUUUUGACCAUC